AUGCCUCUUGCUCAAGCUGCCGAGGAGGGUGGCUGGGAGGGAAGAGGUUUGGAGGGAUCCUUGUCGACCCCCCUGGCGAGUCACAAGACGAUCGCCGCCCCGCACGGCGUGCUCCUUUGCCAGGAUGGCCAUGCCCUCCUGCCCAGCUUGGUGUCACUCUGGCCCUCGCCCCCAACCUGCUCGCUUAUCUCCUCGAUGACCGCUUGGGUGCAUCCGAACAAGAGCCUCACCCUCGGCCGCGACAAAGUCAAACACCACCUAUGCGCUAAUGGGACGACGUCUUUUGGCUUUUACGAGGAGAGCCGCAGGGGAGAAAAGGAAAAGAAGCAGGCCAAGACCCACGGAACCCUUCCCGCCUGUGCUCGCCGUGCGCUUUCGGCUGCGCUAAGGCCUCUGAUCGACAGGGGUCAUCGUCGGACGGCCGUCGGGGAGUCUGAGCGUUUUCGGUUUGGGCUUCCCCCGCUGUCAGCUUAG